AUGGCGGGCAGAACCAAGACAACCUCGCCUUUCAUGCGAAAUGUCUUACUGAUCGCAAUGUGCUUUCAAUUUUCCGCCUUUGUCUUAAUUUUACACUACUCCCGUGUUAUGCCAACGCCGGACGGUCAUCGUUAUUUGCCUUCUACCGCCGUAUUCCUCGUCGAAGCAUUCAAGCUCAUGAUAUGUCUUACCAUCGCCUUCUGGGAGUUUGCCAGCAAAGCAUCCUCAUCGGCGACAUUGUCCUCCCUGCUCGUCGCGUUCGGGAACGCGAUUGUCGCAGGUGACAGCUGGAAGAUGGCAGUGCCGGCGAGCCUGUACACUUUGGCUAAUAGCUUGCAAUAUGUGGCCAUAUCGAACUUGGAUGCGGCGACAUUCCAUGUGGUUUACCAGUUCAAGAUCAUUGUCACGGCAUUGUUCAGCGUCCUUAUGCUGCGGAAGACCCUCACACCGAGACAGUGGCUAGCUCUUCUUCUGCUGAUGAUCGGAGUCGCCCUCGUCUCAAUGCCACACCAGCAGCAAGCCUCACUCGCCAAUAGCCACCACACCCGCAUAUACCUCCCUCGAUCGGCGAAUCCAAUCCUACAGCACUUGGGCUUGGCUCAAUCGGUGCCGCACAUGAGAAAGAGAUCGGCUACAUACGAGGGAAUUGAGGAGGACGAGAUGCUGCUGAAUACUCCCGGCAUGGAUGCGUCCGUCGGCCUGCUCUCAGUCCUCGCAGUCUGCCUCCUUUCCGGCUGGUCGGGCGUCUACUUUGAAAGGGUGAUCAAGGAUUCGACGCAUGCGACUUCUCUCUGGAUCCGGAAUGUGCAGCUUUCGUUAUACUCACUCUUUCCGGCGUUCUUCAUUGGCAUAAUCUUCCUGGAUGGCGAGCAUGUGGCCAAGAACGGCUUCUUCGCUGGCUACAAUUGGAUAGUGGUCUUUUCCAUUGGCAUUCAGUCUGUUGGUGGCAUCGUUGCGGCAUUCUGCAUCUACUAUGCAGACAACAUCUCCAAGAAUUUCGCCAUUAGCAUUAGCAUGGUUUUGAGCGGUUUAGCGAGCAUGUUGUUCUUCGACUUCCACGCAUCCUCAAAUUUCCUCAUCGGCACCUCAAUAGUCCUGGUCGCGACCUGGAUGUACUCAUCGCAUGACUUGGGGUCAGGUCCCACAGCGCCUGUCAUACACAUUCAGGAAUACGAGAAGGCAUCUUCACCGAGUGAAUUCCAGGAUACGUCAAUACAGAUUCCCAAGACACCCCUGAGCAACGAGGAGACUGCUGUUGCUACAUCCAGGCCAGGGUCACCUUCGCAUAAGAAGCGAAAGAAUGAUAUGGGUUACUUCACGAAAGUCCAUCACUGA